GGCCAGGGCUGCAAGACAUGAAGGCGCAGUGGAGCAGUAUAAUACCGAGCAUCACAGACACCUGGGUGGAGAAUGCCGAGUGCGGCGUCUCGACUUUCCGUCAUCUCUCGUGCGACAGUAGUGGCUUCGUGACGAGAUUAGACUUAACAGGCAACUAUCUAACGGGAUCGCUUCCUGAGACCAUUGGCGGCUUCACCAAACUUCUUUACUUCUAUAUAGACUACAACUCUCUAUCGGGCCCACUCCCAUCGAGCUUCUCCAAGCUCGUUUCUCUAAGGGAAUUCGACGCCCACUCCAACCAGAUCAGUGGGCCCCUGCCUGAUGGCAUCGGCGCUCUCACUAACCUGUAUCAGCUGUAUCUCUACGACAACCAAUUGGAAGGGCCGAUCCCAUCAUCCUUCACCCAACUGACUGCGCUAACCCUAAUCGAGCUUCAAUACAACCGCAUUACGGGUCCUCUACCAGACAAUCUGGGGAGUGCCUCCAAACUAAUCGCUUUGCGUGCCGGCAACAACCUCAUAUCGGGUUCCCUGCCCUCAACUCUAACAGACAUAACUAAUCUCCGUUUCAUUGAGCUGGGGAGCAACGAUUUGAGUGGAACCAUCCCUGCCAACCUGGGCACUCUUACCACACUAAGCACGCUAGACUUGUCGCGCAACAAAAUCAGUGGCUCCCUUCCUGAUCACUGGACUGCACCUAAUCUUUACUUGAUGGACAUCAGCAACAACCAGCUGUCUGGCACGAUACCGGACGAGAUAACAGGCUUGGUCUACCUCACACUGCUGGACCUGAGCUCCAACCGCCUGACUGGCACCAUACCGCAAGGUCUUGCAAGUCUUGGCAACCUACGAACUCUCAACCUGAGAAACAAUCUGCUCACAGGGAAGGUCCUUGAGCCCGUGCCAGCAUCAAUUACGACGUACAAGCUGGACAACAACUACUUGAGUGAGGGGUUCUCCUCCCCCCCGCCGUGCGGGCAAGGCUACAUCACAUACCACAGCAACUGUGCAGCCACACCAGCAGAGGACCUUGCGUGUGCAGACAGCACUCAGAAGACCGACCCCGUCUGCACUGCCUUCUGCGGCGUCAACGGCACCGCCUCCCCUCCUGUGCCCGCCUGCAACGGCCAUGGCGUGUGCUUCUUGGACGGCCCCAGCAACACGCCCACAUGCCUCUGUGACGAUAACUUCGUGGUUGGGGAAUAUACCGGCAGCUGCGUGCCUGUGGCAGGUGGUAAGACAGAGCAGGAUUUGACGCCCACAGGAGCCAUGCUUACAGCCACUGGCGACGCCUCAGUGAGUGCAGCCACGCUCACUCUCACGCCUUCCCAGCCGUCCAAACAAGGAGGUGUGUUCCUGGCAGCGCGCGUGCCGCUCUUCUCCUACCAGCUCAUCGGGGACACCUGCGGCCGCCAGCUCGCCUUCUCCUCCUCCUUCUCCUUCACUCUCACCCGCCCUGCUGCCUCCGGCUCCGAAGGCUUUGCCUUUGUGGUGGCCUUUGAUGCCACCCCGCCCACAACACUGGUGGCGGGCGGCAUGGGGUAUGCGGGGAUGGGAGCGCGCAGCGUGGCAGUGGAGUUUGACACGUCGAUGGAUGUGGGCAACAGCGACCCUGACAGCAACCACGUGGGCAUCAACACUGGCGGCAGUGUCACGUCGGUGGUCACAGCCAAGCCCAGCACCCCUCUCAAUGACGGCACGCCCAAGCACGUGUGGAUCGACUACGACCCUUCCUCCAGUGGCUCCCUGCGCGUCUUCCUCUCCUCCCAGGCGUCCCCUCGCCCCACCACCCCCCUCCUGUCGGCACGCAUCUCCCUGUGUGAGGAGCUCGCCCCCUCCCCAUCGGAGUACACCUUUGCCAUCGGCUUCACUGCUGCCUCGGGCACACAGGCUCAAAGCCAUGUCGUCUCCGCCUGGACCCUCUCAACGCAUUUUCCUGUCCAGCCAAUUCCAGAUGCAUCGCUGGGUUUUACCUUCAGUGAGGCGGCGCUCUCUCUAUCAGGGAUGAAUCUCUUCUUCCGCUAUGCCAGCUCGGGCAGUGUUGCUGCUCAGACUGGCAAUGACGUGUAUGGAGUGCACCCUGCAGCUUCAUGGUUCCGUCCAAACUUCACGUGGCCUGUCAGGACUCAAACCACUUGCGGCGACUGCUGGGCGUACGCAGUGGUCGGCAGCGUCGAGGCAGCAUACAGCAUUCUCUCCAACGCCUCUUCCGCGCCGGUGCUGUCAGUGGAGCAGCUGAAGGCCGCCAUGAAGGUCGGCUGCUCUGGCAGCACGCCCUCUCAGGCCUUCCAACUGCUGCUCAAGCUGGCUCGAAAAGGAGGAGGGCUCGUGUUGGAGAGCCAGGGGCCGGCCGAGAAAGGCAAGAAGGCCGUGAAGGCAGGCAGCAGCAGUCCACUUUGCUCUCCGUUGCUGAAGCCACUGGCAAAGCUGCUCGGUGUGUCGUGCGGGAAUGGUUCUGCUAAUCCACAUCUUCCCGGUGGGUUCCCCAUCAAGGGCUUUGAGUCGACAUCCUUCUAUGGCUGGUUUGGGCUGCUGCUGGCCGUGCAGCGGCAGCCAGUGGUGGUGCACAUUGAGGCUUCCGCCGACACGUUCAAGAGCUACGAUGGGCUGUACAAGUACCAGGAUCCCGAUUGCUUCACGUACAACCUGAACCACGUGGUGCUGCUGGUGGGGUACCGCCUGGUGGGCAAGGACUCGCGCUUCCCCCACAUGGCUCCGCCUUUUUGGAUCAUCCGCAACUCAUGGGGGCCUGAGUGGGGCGAUGGGGGCCACAUGCGCAUGGACAUCCAGGGAGGGGAUGGCGUGUGCGGCAUCAACUCGCUGCCAGGCCUCUACCCCGUGGUCAGAGCUCCUAGUGACCCCUGCAACAAGGCUGCUCGUAAUGAUAGCUUUGGUUCGUUCUUCAAUCCCUGCGGGAAGUUCAAAUGCACUGUGAAGGGCAAGACAAACGAGUGUAACUGCAAUGACCCGCGCUUCAUCCAAGCAAGCAACGCCGAUGGCUCUCGCACAUGUGCCUACAAGGAUGCAUGCAAGGCAGCCCAGCGCAAUCCGUGUGCGGUGGGGCAGUGUGUGAAUGACGGGGUGGGGUCGUACUCGUGUGUGUGUCCACCAGGCUUUAGGCAGGGCACCAACGUCGAGGGCACUUACUCCUGUGCUCCAGGUGACACCAACACCACCUACACCGUGCUCUCUCCCAACGUCCUCUGCUCCGAUGUCUUCCCGGUCUACGGCCUCACGCUCGCCGAAUUCCAAACCCAGAACCCAUCGGUGUCGUGUGCAGCACCCAUCCCACCCUCCACUGUGCUCAAAGUGGCCAGCCCAGCGUCUCUCAUCCCCUGCUCCGUCUACUACACCACUCAGCAGGUCCCCACCUCGCACCCUCCCUGCCAAUACGCCAAUUUCUCGUCUUCCCAUAUCUGCCUCUCCACCCUGCUUUCACCUCACACUCUCUCACUCCUGCUUCCCCUGCCUCCCACAUCCUCCACCCUGGCCACUCAUUCUCAGGGUAACACCUGUGCGGACCUAGCGGUAUAUUUCCAAGUGCAUUGGUCCUGCCCAUCCGCUACGUGUAACUCAGACUUCCAGGCGCUCAACCCCAGCUUGGACUGCAGCGCCAACGGCGGGCUGCUGCAGCCGGAGCAGGCGGUGUGUGUGGAGCGCAUAAAGAAGAAAGUGGGGCUCAUCCCGGUGUGCUCGCAGUACUACCUGGUGCAGAGCGCAGAGACGUGCGAGUCCAUCCGCAACGUGCCCUACCCCCCUCUGGACCCGGUUGACUUCUUCCGCCUCAACCCCGGCAUCAAGUGCAACCGCCUCAUUCCAAAGACCAAUGUUGACGGCUUCACUGGCUUUGAGGCAUGCAUUGCGAGCUCCACUUCUCUUUUCUUCUUCAUUUCACCAACCCCACCCACACCCUCUUCCCCCACCCCCCAGGCAUGCAUUGCGAGCUCCACGUCGUUCAAGCAGGGCACGUGUCCGCGUGCGAAUGCGUAUGUGGUGGGGACAGGCGACAGGUGCACGGCCAUUCAGGUGAAGUACUUCCGGGGCAUCAAGGGCUGCUACAGGAAAGUCAACGGAUACGACUGCAUCGACAAGCUCAUCAAAUCAACCCGCGUGUGCCUGCCGGACAAAGUCAAGCUUCAAAAAGGAGUGUGCGACAACUGA